AUGGGCAACAGCAAUACCAAAGAGAGUCGUCCUCCCGGAGCUGCCGAGUCGCACGAUGCGUUUCGCGCCGGUGAAGGCCGCUCUCGCCAGCGUCCAGGCCGUGGGGAUGCAUCAUUCCUCGGACUUAGCACACCAGGUCAGCGCGACCGCCGACAGAACGUACCUUUUGAGCACAGAGAGACCAAGCAAGAGCGAGAGACCAGACGCCUGGAGCGGGAACGCGCGACCCGCCUCAAGGAGCGUGAACGCAGCCUUAGAGAGGAACACGUCGAUGGCGGUUAUCUGGUAACUCUGGGUACAUAUGUGGGAACUGAGGAUUACAGCAAGCCGGCCGUGCGGCAACUCCAGAUCGAGAGAAGGAUGGCACCGUUUUGGCGCGGUCUAAAUGAUUGGUCCUCGAACUGGGCAGAGCACCAGCUUGUUGCUGCUGCUAGAGGCCUCCCCAUACCGGCGGCAGACGAACCCCCGCCUCCAGAACUGAUAGCACAGCCGCACAAUCGCAAUCCGAGCCAGACCAAUUUGCAGAACUUAACGGUCCCUAUGGGUGAACGAACCAUGUCAGCUGCUUCGGAUCAUAGCGGCUCCGGCACAGGAUCAGGACUGGCUUCACCGGGGACUCCUAGUCGCAGCGCCAUCAAACCGAGAGCAAAGGCUCUAGCCAUGGCUUUGACUGGACAUUCGAGGAAUGCCUCUUCCGCAGAACUUCCACCAACAGAGACCAUGCUUCCUCACGAUCCUUUUGUUAAUGGCCAACUGCUUGAGGUCUAUCUUUACAAAGACGCAGCAGAUUGCCCGAUUUGCUUCCUAUCAUACCCACCCUACCUGAACAGCACUCGUUGCUGCGACCAAGCGAUUUGCAGCGAAUGCUUUGUUCAAAUCAAGCGUGCCGAUCCUCACCUCCCUGAGCACCAUCCCGAUGGGCAACCACUGACUGACCCUGACCGGCGACCAGAUCCCGAAGAUCUACCCGAAAUGUUGACAUCUGAGCCGUCUGCAUGCCCCUAUUGCCAGCAGCCAGAAUUUGGCGUGACACUGGUCCACAAAGCUUGCGGCUGCUCGGGCUCACCAGGCACGACGCUCAGCAGCCGCGACUGCUCUGCACACGGCCGCGUUUCUUGUUGGAGGCAGUGA